AUGAUGAACAAAACUGCUGCCGAGAAAUUAGGUCUGUCUCCUGAUGAAGAAUGUGUUUUCUUGAAUGUUGAAAAACCGACACCUGCGCCAAGUCAGAAUUUGCUGGAGGAGGGACAGUUGUUAUCUCUCCCGAGUGAAGACACAGCUUCUGGUGCUCACAAGCCAAAGAUUGCCCGCACCCGAUUUUCAAUUUACCAGAAAAUUGCCCUUGAGAACUCGUUUCUUUCAUCUUUGUAUCUAACGGGCGAAGAACGAGACGCCUUGGCCUUCAAAAUUGGACUCUCUCCUGGCAUUGUGCAGACUUGGUUCAAAAACAGGCGAUUUAAAUGGCGUAAAGAACUCAAGAUGGCUAAUGGAACUAACUCGCCACCAUCACCAGUUCUUCUCUUCCCCAAUCCCCCUGCCUUGACAUACCGAGGAUCUACCAUGGGGCCUGAGCACCAGCGGGCUGGUUGGGAGGGAAACUCAUGUCAGUUUUGUGUAAACAGUCCACCACGCUUCCUCUAUAACAACACUACACACUAG